GAGAACUUUUAUCUGCUUGUAAUCAUCUGCGCUCGCCUUCGUGCGAGACUUCCAGUGUUUUCGAUCCUUAACCCAACAGGCUGCCGGAUUACACCGUUUUAAGUGCGCGGGAACUUGAUUAAGUACUAAGAUGAUAGUUGGCGCACUUAAGCCGGUUUAAUUUAGGCGGUUCUGUCACACAAGGACAUACGGCAAAGCAAGGGUUUGCUGGGUGCUAGAUUAAGGCACACGGCAAACAACUAUGCUUUGCCUUGUGCCCUAGAUUUAGCACACGGCAAUGUUAAAUUCAAAUUUUGUAAAUGACCUCGGAUGGAGAAACUACAAAAAUAAAAGUUGUAGAUCUCGAAAAGUUAUGAAACUUUAUAGUUGACAACUUUUUAAUUUGAAUUCAUUUAGGGCCUCGAACAAACAACUUACACUCAGUUUAGUAUAAUAUGUGGGGAAAGAAAAUGGAGUAUAGACAUAAGUGACUGUGUGGUGUAGUAGCAGAGAAGGUUACACGUGAGAGAGAAGUCGUGGGUUAGAAUCUCAUCAGCCAGUAGUGCACAAAAAAUGCCACAACUUGCAACUUCGGUAGAGCGGGUGUGUGGCUGGCUGGUGGGGUCCUCCCCGAAUUAAAUCUUUUUUGUUUCCUAUUUUUAAAAUCAGUUUUCUAAAAACUUAUUUGCCGAUAAAUGGCACAAAUGUCACACGGUAAAGGGCCUCUUUGCCGACGCCUGUUUGCCGUGUGCAAACUGGCCGGCUCCCGUAGUGGUGGUCAGAAACUUGGAGAGGCUAGAGAUGGCACACAUCAAGCUUGAGGCUGCUCUUGAGAUAUCGGAAAAGUGGCAAAUCAAUGAUGCCUCCUUGUUGCGUUGGCGUAGGAAGCUGAAGGGUGCUGCUCUAGAAUGUGAUGAAAUGCUGCACAAAUGCAAGCUUAGAAUCCUAGAAGAUGAACGGAUGGAACAGGAGGUAAGGAGUUCCUCCAUUGCUAAACGGAUUGUGCAUGCUACCAAGUCGUUUGUUUCCUCUGUCCUUAGCAGCAAUAGUAACGAGUUGAGCAGUUCCAUUACUCAAAGGUUUGAGUGGUAUGGUGAUGGUGCUAGUGAGUUUCUGAGUUUCAUAAAGUUUGGUGGCAUACCACAGUGUCACAUGCCCUUUCACUCCCUUGUCAAGAACCUUUUUGCAGGAAAGGAACUACACCAUAAAAUCGUCCGAGGAAUUGAGUAUCCUUCAUUUCAAUUUUCAUUGGUGCCUUUCAUCACUGAAGUGUUUGGAAUGGAGGUUGUCCUGACACUUAUCCAGAAUGAUGGUACACUAGAAGGAUUCUCCAUUCCUAAAAGCCGGGAUUCAGUUUGCACCCCACCGCUCUGCGAAAGACAUGCUGCCUGCAAAUAGAAGUUCUGAAGUAGUGGCGGCGAGGAUCAACGUUGCUUGCAUGUAGAUGUUACCUUGGAACAACUGGAAGAGAUCAUGAUUGCAAAUAAAAUUUCAUUAUUGUCAGUUUCUUCAUGGGCUUGUCUUUGCUCAAUAAUUUCAUUGGUGUAGAUCAUAUGAAUUCAGGAAUUAAGAAGACCAUAUGAAAUAUUUUAAUUUUGAAGGGUUGAUUUGCCUCACAUACAAAUGUUACCACUAUUUCCCAAUGCCGUCGGUGCAGCACUUUGGAAUCCUGAGGCACCUUGCCACUCAUGUAAGGUCCCAGUGGAGAAUCAUGUGCCAAACUAGCAUUGCUUGCCACAUAUCUGAAGUCUCUCAUUGUGUUCGUGAUUGUGCAGUCCCUCAGUGAUUAGUCCUGAACCGAUGCAUUGAGACU